UCAUUCUCUACAAUUCUGCUAUUUGACGAUGGCUCUUCGAUUUGAGAUACUUGGGAGGUUCAAUCGUGCUCGUGCAGCCCGGCUUACGCUCCCUCACUUUGUUUGCGAGACGCCUUUAUUUAUGCCUGUCGGAACACAAGGGACAAUAAAAGGUUUGACUACGCCUCAGCUUGAGGAAAUCGGGUGCCAAAUUAUACUUGGAAAUACGUAUCAUUUGGCUCUACGUCCAACAUCUGAGCUAAUAGAUGAAUUAGGAGGACUUCACAAGUUUAUGAACUGGCCAAGGGCACUUCUCACCGACUCUGGUGGUUUCCAAAUGGUCUCCUUGUUGCAUCUAGCUGAUAUUACUGAAGAAGGUGUCACGUUUCAGUCACCAGUUGAUGGAAAACCGAUGCUCCUUACACCCGAAGAAUCAAUCCAAAUUCAAAACAGAAUUGGAGCAGACAUUAUUAUGGCCCUUGAUGAUGUAGUGAAAACCACUAUUACAGGUCCUCGUAUUGAAGAAGCUAUGUAUCGCACUUUGCGCUGGAUCGACAGAUGCAUAGCAGCUCAUAAGAGACCAAAAGAACAGAAUUUGUUUGGAAUUGUACAGGGUGGUUUAGAUCCAGUAUUAAGGGAUAUAUGUGUUCAAGGAUUGGUGGAAAGGAAUUUACCUGGCUAUGCUAUUGGUGGCCUUGCAGGCGGUGAAGAUAAAGAUUCCUUUUGGCGUGUUGUUGCGCAAUGCACGGCUUCACUUCCUGAAAGCAAACCCCGUUAUGUUAUGGGUGUUGGCUAUCCACUUGAUAUUGUAGUUUGCAGUGCUUUAGGUGCUGACAUGUAUGAUUGUGUCUAUCCUACACGUACAGCUCGAUUUGGCACUGCUCUGGUGCCCGAGGGAGUUCUAAAAUUAAAACACCAGUCAAUGGCUGAUGAUACCCGGCCGAUUGACUCAACAUGCAAGUGUAUGGUCUGCAAAAACUACACAAGGGCCUAUCUUCAUUGUCUUGUUACUAAAGAUGCUAUGGGUUCUCAACUUCUAUCGUAUCACAAUCUAUACUAUAUGUUGCAGCUUAGUAGAAAUCUUCAUUCGUCAAUUAUAGAAGGAAAAUUUCCAGAAUUUGUGUGCAACUUCUUGGGCAAAAUGUUUCCAGAAGGUGAUGUUCCAGAAUGGGUGUGCAACGCAAUGGAGGUUGCGGGUAUAGACAUAUCCUCGUGUUUGAUCCCAUUAACUUCUAAGAUUGCCGUAAAUACAUGAAGCGGAUAAAUUUGGAGAUUAGUGAUGGAUCUUGAUCUUUAGGUCCAAAUGUAUUGGCGAGUCAUUAGACUUUUAACAUAGGCGGCAUAAUUUUGUAGUGUAUAUGCUGCCUCUUAGAUUUCACAAGUAACAUAGAUUUUUAGUAACGAUCACUCGGCCCAAUAUCAAAUAGCUAUAACAUUAGAUUAAAGCAUGUACACAUGGUGAUUGCCGUGGGUAGCUUUCCUAACAGAAAUUUAGCUUUCUACUUUCGUAAGAGAAGUAUACUAAUGUUGCUUUGGUUUACAUGAUUACAUCUAUUGUAUACCCCUUCCUUUGGAAUUUUGGGCUGCUGCUCCUAUGGUGAGAAUGUAACUUAUCAAAGUUCAAUAUUUUUUAUUUCCGGGUUUGCAAA